AUGGGUCUUGCAACACCUUCUCCUACAUUUACCACCCUCGGGUGCAUGGACGAUAUCAUGCCGGACAUUGACCUUCCUAUGAUUCUCUCAUUUCCCUGCCCAACUUCGCAUCGCGCCAUAACCCAGCAGAGACUCUAUCUUUCUUUCACGGGGUUAUUGGAUAGAGACCCUUGGUUGAGGGGAUACAUUCACAGUAACGUCACUGGGGUAGACGGGCGUUAUAGGAGGGGAACGAAAUUGCUCAUUCACGGCUCCAGUCUUUCUUCGGACUUUAACUAUUUGAACGAGAAGGACGAGAAAAUUGAAUUCCAAGAUCUCACCUCGCAUGCGAAAUACAAGGACAAAACAUACCCAGAGCUCGUGGCGGAGAACAUGCCCGCCGGAUACCUUUCAUCAACGCUCCUAGUUCCUGAUCGAGCGACAAAGCACGCAAACGUGAAACAUGCGCUCCUCGCAAAAGUUUCUUUCAUUAGGGAAGGUAUCUUCGUCGUGGUGAGCACAAGCCAUGCGCUUAUGGAUGCUACCUCUCUGGCUGCGAUAUUCGGUGCAUGGGCUGCCACAGCGAGGGGAGACGUACCAGCACCACUGCCGCAUGCACCCAUUUGGCAACCGGAGUAUGGGCUCGGGGCUAAAAGCGGGGAAGACACACACACAGGGGAAUCAAAGGUUUCCGAUAGCCGAGGAGAGAGCGAAGAUCUGCGGGGGACUGCGGUUUUGGCCCAGCGGAUUCCGAGCCGGUCGACGGUGACGGCGGUUUUCAGGAUUGGAGCGGAGGCACUAGCUCGAUUGAAGGAAGUCUGCAUCACACAGGAUGGAAGGAAGGAGCACGGCAAAGGAAAUGAAUGGAUUUCAACAAAUGAUGCACUUGCAGCACUUCUCUGGAGGUGCAUUGUCCGCGCACGAAUGACUACUCCCGAUCUGCGAACCCGCACAAGCAGCUUGAUGUACGCGAUGGAUAUGCGGAACUCUCCUGUCAUGGCUCCUGGAGUCCUUAAAACAGCAGACGGGACCUCCAUGGCGAAUACGAGACUCGCAAACAUUGUGUUUUAUAGCAUUAACAGAGCCCGAGUACCCGUGCUCUUGGAGUCUAUAUCACUGUCAGACACAGCACGCAGCAUCCGCACUGCCAUACAGAAAUACACCAGACCGUCGAUUAUUACCAGGGCUUUGCAGCUGGCGGCGGCCAUUCCUGAUGUCUCAGCACUCGGACUUGUUUAUCCCACGUGGGUAGAGCACGAUGUGGUUAUCAGCUCGCUAUCACGUCUUCCACUGUACAGCACGUCUUGGGGAGACACGUUUGGAGAGGAAGUAAGCGGCGUACCGGAUAUCGUUCGCUGGCCUGACGGUGUCUUUGAAGGGAUUACUUUUGUAAUGCCUCGCCGAAGGAACGGUAGUGUUGAGAUAGUGAUUACUAUGAGGACGGCAGACAUGCGGGAGCUGGAGAAGGACGCAGAGUGGAUGAGUUAUGUUGAGGACAAGAUUGAGAUAGUGUAG